CUCUCCCCGAGGGAUAUGCAGUGUUUCCGAAGGCAGCCCAAGCUAAGCAAGUACCAGGAAAACCUCUUGCUGGAAGAGAGCAGGAAGGUGGCAGCUCUGAAUGGGAAGAGACUGGGUCUGCAAGAUGACAAGGACCUCAAGUUUCUCCUGCGUGGAGGCCACCUGCUGAAGGUCAAGUCCAACUCCUGGAGGAGAGAGAGGUUCUACAAACUCCAGGAAGACUGCAAGACCAUCUGGCAGGAGUCCAAGAAGAUGCUGAGGUCUCCUGAAUCGCAGCUCUUUUCCAUCGAGGAUAUCCAAGACGUCAGGGCAGGCCACAGGACGGAAGGGAUGGAAAGAUACUGCAAGGACGUACCCGAGCAUCGCUGCUUUUCCAUCAUAUUCAAGGACCACAGGAAGAACCUGGACCUCAUAGCUGGCUCUGAAGCUGAUGCCAAUCACUGGGUGGCAGGCCUGGCCAAGAUCAUCACAAAGAGCAACUCCAUGAGCCAGCGGCAGAAAUUACAACACUGGAUACACGCCUGCUUGCGGAAGGCGGAUAAGAACAAAGACAACAAGAUGAGCUUUAAAGAGCUCAAGAACUUUAUGAAAGAAGUCAACAUACAAGUCGAUGACAACUAUGCCCGGAAUAUCUUUGAGCAAUGCGACAAAUCCCAGACGGACACUUUGGAAGACGACGAGAUCGAGGAAUUCUAUAAGAUACUGACCGAACGGAGCGAGAUCGACGAGAUCUUCUCUGAGCACUCCAACGGCCAGGCGAUGAUGUCGCUGGAGGAUCUGGUGAGGUUCCUCCGAGAAGAACAGCGCGAGGAGGAUGCAGGGCCUGAGCUGGCCCUCUCUCUGAUUGAGAGAUACGAACCCAACGGAAGCGUCAAGGGACAAAACGCCAUGACCAAAGAUGGCUUCCAGAUGUAUUUGCUGUCUCCCCACGGAAAUGUAUUCAAUCAAGCUCACAUCCCCGUGUACCAGGACAUGACCCAGCCGCUGAGCCACUAUUACAUAUCGUCUUCGCACAACACCUACCUCAUGGAGGACCAGCUGAGAGGACCCAGCAGCACCGAGGCUUACAUCAGAGCCCUGACCAAAGGCUGCCGGUGUGUGGAGCUGGAUUGCUGGGACGGGCCUAAUUCGGAGCCUGUCAUUUACCACGGCUACACGCUCACCUCCAAGAUCCUCUUCUGCGAUGCCAUCAAAGCUAUCAAGAACUACGCUUUCAAAACCUCUCCUUAUCCUGUCAUCAUAUCCCUGGAGAACCACUGUAGUCUCGAGCAGCAGAAAACGAUAGCAUACCACAUGCACAACAUCUUGGAAGACAUGCUUUUGGUGGCGCCAGUCGACUCAGAUGCGUCCGAGCUCCCUUCGCCGGAGCAAUUGAAGGGGAAGAUUCUGGUGAAAGGGAAGAAGCUGAGCCCAGAGACGGAAGAAGUCUCUGAUGAGGAUGAAGCGGCUGAAAUGGAAGACGAAACUGUGAAGACUGAGGUGGAGAGGAAAACGACGAGUGAAAAACUGAAGCUUGCCCAGGAGCUAUCUGACACGGUGGUCUACUGCAAAAGCGUCCACUUCCAAGGUUUCGGUAAUGCCGAUUGCAAUGAAAUGUCAUCCUUCAGCGAAAGCAAAGCUUUGAAGCUGGCCCAGGAAUCUGGGACCGACUUUAUCCAUCACAACAUCGGGCAUCUGAGUAGAAUCUACCCUGCGGGAUGGAGGACGGAUUCGUCUAACUACAACCCCGUUGACAUGUGGAAUGUGGGGUGCCAGAUUGUUGCCUUGAAUUUUCAGUCCAAGGGAACCGAUAUGGAUGUCUACCAAGGCCGAUUCCAGGAAAACGGCUUUUGUGGGUACGUCCUAAAGCCGGAAUUCCUGCGGGACGAGCAGUCCAGGUUCAACCCCAAGGCCGUCUCAGAAGGGCCAUGGUGCACCCGGAAGAAACUCCAGGUGAAGGUCAUCACAGGCCAGCAACUGCCCAAGGUGAACAAGAGCAAGAACUCCAUUGUGGACCCCAGGGUGAUAGUCGAGAUCCACGGCGUCCAGAGGGACAACGAGAAGAAGCAAACCACCGUCAUUGACAACAACGGCUUUAACCCCAGAUGGAAUGAAGCGUUUGAGUUUGACAUUGACGUCCCUCAGCUCGCUCUGGUUCGUUUCAUGGUGGAAGACUUUGACGCGUCGACCAAAAAUGACUUUAUCGGGCAAUUCACAGCUCCCUUCACAAGUCUGAAGCAAGGCUAUCGCCACAUCCAUCUCUUGACAAAGAACGGAGACCAGUACCCUUCUGCCACGCUCUUUGUGCACAUCAAUAUUACGGAUGCUUACUAAAAGGACAAUUUUCUCGGACCGCUCAAGGGAGGGGUCCCUGCAGUCCCUUUCCAAAUGAACCUGCCUACCAAGCUGGGAAGAGAGGGACCUCAAACACUACCCUGGUUUUCAGCCGAUGUGGAAUACCUACAACAUCCUCGGAGAGCAGGAAAUGGACAAAUGAGUCGAGCCAACCACCGCAGAGGUCGUUGUGCAAGCCCUCUUGCUGCGUUUAGAAAGCAUCGUGGAGAAGUGUUGUUCCAAGUGCCUGUAAAAUGCCACGUUCUGUUGUGGUUGGGAAGCUGGGCUAUCCUCCUCAUCAUGGGUAGGCAAACUAAGGCCCGGGGG